AAUUCACCUGAAACCCGUCCAGAAGUGUAGUAAUAAGAGCUUGUGUGUGUGUGAUGUGAGUCAGCCGCUGAAUGUGUGAACAUGAUGUGGUCGGGAGGGGCUGAGGGAGCGAUAAGGAAGUGGGACCAGGUUGUCAGAUGGACACUGCAGCACCUCAGAGCCUCACUUGUCCCUCUCUCCUGGCUGUGAUCCUUCCUCUCCCUUCCUUCGACCCCAUUAUGGAUCUUCUGUCAAUCACGGGAGGGGUUUUGAACAGAGCAGCUGCUCUGACUGAUGCCAGUUAUCUCCUUCAAGUGGAACUCUGAAACAAGAAGGACUCCCUCAGCAUGCUGAACCAUCCUCCUCCUCACACACUCCAGUGGCUCUCGCUGUGCACCCUGCUGUCGGCGUGUUGCUGGAACAAGGUCGCCUGUUCUCCUGGGGAGGGCAGGGAGAUUUGGCAGCAGCCCAAGCCAGACCCCAUCGAAGCCCAGUCUUUCCUUCAUGACACCUUCCCCUCAGGAUUCCUCUGGGGCUCAGGGACGUCUGCCUUCCAGACAGAAGGAGCCUGGGACCAGGAGGGAAAGGGAGCCUCCAUUUGGGACCAUUUCACCCACUCCUCUGUCAUUGGUGAUUUGGCAACCGAGGCUCCUGGAGUGGCCAGUGAUGGUUACGCUCACUGGGAAGAAGAUGUCAAGGCUCUGGAGUUGCUGGGUGUGAGAUCAUACUCCUUCUCUCUCUCGUGGCCCAGGUUGUUUCCUGAUGGGAACGCCAGGAGCCAGCCCAACAGGGCUGCUGUGGAGCAUUACAGCCACCUCAUAGAGAGGCUUCUGGAGAAGAAAAUCGAGCCCAUCGUCACUCUGCAUCACUGGGACCUGCCACAGGCCCUGCAGGAGCGAUAUGGAGGCUGGAAGAAUGACACACUGGUGGGACUGUUCGAGGAGUAUGCUGCCUUUUGUUUCCACACAUUUGGGGGUCGUGUUAGAUACUGGCUCACAAUGCAUAACCCGUACCUGGUGGCUGUGCAGGGGUACGGGACAGGUUUGCACGCCCCUGGAGAGACAGGGGGUCCCUCUGCUUCUCUUAUCGUGGCCCACAACCUGAUCAGGGCACAUGCCAAAGCAUGGCACACCUACAACACCCACUUUCGCCCAACUCAGAGGGGUAAAGUAUCCAUUGUUCUGGGAUCCCACUGGAUCGAACCUCAGAGCGGCCAGGCCACAGCCGCCAAUGUUGAGCUGUGCCAGGAGUCAAUGGAGGCUGUGCUCGGCUGGUUCUCCAACCCCAUCUUUGGAGACGGGGACUAUCCGGUGUCUUUCAGAUCCAAGCAUGGGGCCCUCCUGCCCACGUUCACCCCUGAGGAGAAGCUCUGGGUGCAGAAAACAGCCGACUUCUUCGCUCUCUCCUUCGGGCCUUAUAACCUCCGUCUGGGUCGGACCCUGAUCCAGUAUGGGCAGACUGUGUCCCCAGACCUGAGGCGCAUGUUGAGCUGGAUAAAGCUGGAGUAUGGGGACCCGAGUGUGCUGGUGGCUGAGGGAGGCUGGUUCUCUGAAGCAGGGGUGGGAAGGGAGGACACAGUGUCCAUUUAUCUGAUGAAGAGUUUUAUCAACCAGGUCCUGCAAGCAAUUAAGUUGGAUGGUGUGCAGGUGUUUGGCUACGUCGCCUGGUCAUUGGUGGAUGGAUUUGAGUGGAAUUAUGGUUACACGGUCAGAAGAGGCCUUUUCUACAUUGACUUCAGCCAAUCAAACCCAACCAGGACCCCCAAGACGUCUGCUCUGUACUACAGACGUGUUGUGGCUGACAACGGCUUCCUCAAAGGUGAAACCUCCAGUGAGGUCAAGGGGUGUUUCCCGUGUGACUUUCACUGGGGUAUUUCUGACUCCACUUUACAGGUCCACUUCAGCCCUUUCUCACCACAGUUUACUGACCCACAUCUGUACAGCUGGAACGUGACAGGAGACGGAUCAUUACGUCCUGUCCCAGGGGUGAAGCUCCCCAUUAGACCAGCCCAGUGCACUGACUAUUUGGCGAUUCGUGGUCACCUUCGCUUGUUCGCAUCCACUGGGGCAACACACUACCGCUUCGCCCUAAACUGGUCUCUGAUUUUACCCCAUGGUGACCUCUCAGAGGUGAACUCCGAGGCUUUGAGGUACUACCGCUGUGUCCUGACCGAGCUCAAGAAGCUAAACCUGGAGGCAGUUGUGAUCCUCUACUACCCCACACACAGAGCUCCAAAUCUGGGUUUGCCAUUUCCAAUCCAUGCCUCUGGGGGUUGGCUCAACCACAGCACAGUAGAAGCUUUUCAGGAAUAUGCAGCUCUGUGCUACGAGCAGCUGGGAUCCUGGGUUGGAUACUGGAUCACCAUCAAUGAGCCUAACAGACUCGUAGAUGUUUAUUCUGAUGGGAAAGAAAAGCAUCAAGCAGCUCACAAUCUUCUUCUAGCUCAUGCAAAAGCGUGGAGGUUAUAUGAAAAGGGACAAUACAGAGAGCAGAGAGGAAUGGUAUCACUUGCACUGCAUGCGGAUUGGGCUGAGCCGGCCAACCCCUUCCUUGACUCGCAUACGGCAGCAGCACAGAGAUUCCUCUUGUUUGAACUCGGUCGCUUUUUAGACCCGCUACUGGGAACAAGAUAUGAGGUGAAGCAUAGCGAGGGGGGGUACCCACAAGAAAUGAAGGCAUACCUGGAGGAGAGAGUUCGGGUGAUGGGGCUCCCCGAAUCUCCUCUUCCUAGUUUUACCGACACGGAGAAGAAAGAGCUGAGAGGGGCUUUGAAUUUUAUAGCACUGAAUCAUUUUACCACCCGGUUGGUGUCUCCUUAUCCUCACGCACAGGCUGGUUCUCAGCAGAAGAAACAACCCCCUGAUCAUGACUGUCUGACCCUCUCUGAUCCCACCUGGCCUUCAUCCAGUCUGGGGCAGGCUCUCGUACCCUGGGGCCUGAGGAGUAUCCUGAACUGGGUGAGCCACAGAUAUGGAGGCGCUCUACCCAUCAUUGUGACAGCCAGCGGGGUCGAUGAUCAGGCUCCCUUAGAGGACAAACUCAGGCAGCACUACCUCAGGAGUUACCUGCAAGAGGCUCUGAAAGCUCAACAGUUAGAUGGGGUCAACUUGCAGGGCUUCUACAUGUGGAAACUGCAAGAUCAACACGUCCCACAAUUCGGCCUUUUCACUUCGACCCAUCACCAGUCCAAAGCCAAGGCCUCUGUCGCCGUCUACAGAGAAAUCAUCACCCACAGCGGUUUCCCUGAGGACGACACUGCUCUGACCUGCAGGUUCAGCGAGCUGCACGAACGGUGCUCUGUGUGUGCAUGGAUGCUCAAGAACAAAACCAUGUUGGUUUUCGGAGGCUGCCUCCUGAUAACAGCUGUGAUGAUGGCAGCGCUCAUCCUCUCUGUCAUCGUCGCCAAGAGAAACCAAGCAAGGGGUGAAGGGAGGAGGACGGACAGGAUGCACAGGAGGAGGAGGAGAGGGAAAAGAGUUCCUGUAUUCUCAUGUCCACCUGUCGUUAAGUGCAAACGGUAGAAAAGGUCGACUCUGUACAAACUGUGCAACUCACUGACAGAGUAGACCUAGGAUCUGUUAUUGUGCCUGCUCCAUAUAUCAAAAGACCCUGGGAUGGUAACAACCAUAUGUUAAGCUUAUUCAAAACUUGAUUAUUUGAGCUCUGUAGUUCACAGUUAAGAAUUACUUUUCAUAAAUAUUGACCCUAUUUUUUGACCUUCACUCGGUGGAGAAAAUAUGCCAAUGUCAAUGAUUCUAAUAUUGUAAUAUUGUAAAAAAGUUAGUCAGAGAAGACUGUAUUGUAUAUAUCAGACUUAAUGUGACCUUAAUAUUGUAUUUUACAUCAUAUAAUAUAAGUUUAGCUCAGAUUGUAUAGUGGAUUGUAUUAAUUUGGUAAGAAAAAUAACAUGGUGUUCACUUCAUUCAAACAGGAGGAGUGAUGUGGGCCCCAGUAAACACAGUAAACAGUGUAUAUUUCCAUGGUACAAUGAUGCCCCCUAGUGUUGCUUUUUUCCAGCUUUUUCACUAUAAAAUGCAGGUUUCUCUUCUCUUAACAGACGUAGAAUAAUACAUAAAGUACAUGAAAUGCUCUUUUCAGAGACGAAGCAUCAUUGCUACAGAAGUUGGGGAUCCAUUUGUGUUUUAAAAGAUGCCAUGAUUGUGGCUUUUUAAAGUUUGUGUGUCAAAACAUGGAUGCAUCACUUUUAUUAAUAUCUCAAGUCUUUUUAACUCUCAUCAGAAGUGCAACGUGCUCACUGAGGAUUUUCUAACCCCUAAGAUAUUUGCUUUCAAAUUAAUCUGUUUCCAUAUCUGUCUUCAAAAAUAUAUUGCAUUUCAUAUUAUAUGAGAGACAGUCACACUGAUUUAACUCCAAUUAUUAGACAAUAUGGCUGCAUACUGAUUUUAAAACCAACUCACCAUGCUUGCACAAUACAUAAGCACUAUAUACAUAUAUUAAUAAAGAAUGCUGCAGA